AAUCCUUCGUCCACGUCCUUAUCGUCAUCGUCUUCCUUCUACAGAAGUCUAUCUCAGAUGAUUCCCAUCACCUCCGGCGCAAGUUAGCUUCAACGCUGAAGAAAAAUAAAAAAUCACUCUCUGGCAAAUCCCUCCAAGCAUGAUACGAACCAAAUUCCGUUCCAAUUGAUUUCCAUUUCCACUUCCACUUCCACUUCCACUCAAUCAAGAAGACUACUAACAGAACAAUGAUGGGAUUCGACAACCAAGAAGAAUCCCACCUCUACGCAUCCCAAGAGCACAUGGAAACCCUCCUCCUCGACGACGAUCCCUCCCCCGCCUCUUUCCCCGCCGCCUCCGAAGCCGCUCGCUUCUCCGAUCCCCUCUCCCUCCCCUUCGCCGAGAUCUCGACGGACGAUUACGAUUACCCCCCGUCCUCGUCUCCGCAGUCCAUUUUCCAACCCCCCAACCCUAACCCUAGCCUUAACCUCAACUCCUCCUCUUUCCAAUCGAUCCUCGAACCCCCUUCCUACGCCGACGCCGUCUUCCGAUCCUUCGACCGGGACCUAAUCAACGGCCACGAUCGCGCCUCCCUCGACGAGCCUUCCACGUCGCCGGUUUCGCCGUCGAGGUCCGAGUACAUUCGGAUCUCGGUGUCCGACCCGCAGAAAGAGCUGGAGCUGUCCAAUUCGCUCGUUCCCGGAUCGAACACGUAUCACACUUAUUUGGUCACGACCAGGACGAACUUGAAGGAAUUCGGGGGGUCCGAAUUCAGCGUGAGGAGACGGUUUAGGGAGGUGGUGAGCUUGUCGGACCGGUUGUCGGAGUCGUACCGAGGGUUUUUUAUCCCGUUGCGGCCGGACAAGAGUGUGGUGGAGAGUAAGGUGAUGCAGGAGGGGGAGUUCGUGGAGUACAGGAGGGAUGCGUUGGAGAAGUACUUGAGGAGGCUUGCUGCGCAUCCGGUGAUUAGGAGGAGUGAGGAGUUGAGGGUGUUUUUGCGGGUGGAAGGGAAGGUUUUCGAGGGGGAGUCGAGGGAGGUGGUGCCGGUGCAGCCAGUGGGGGUGGGGAAAGGGGGAGGGGGAGGGGGGAGGGAUUUGUUGUGGAUGUUUAAGGAGUUGAAGCAGUCGGUUAGUUAUGAUUGGGGCGGGACGAAGCCGCUUGUGGUGGAGGAAGAUAAGGAGUUUUUGGAGAGGAAAGAUAGGUUGCAGGAGUUUGAGCUGCAGCUCAGUAGUGUGUCUCAACAGGCUGAGUCACUUGUCAAAGCUCAGCAAGACAUUGGUGAAACGAUGGGGGAAUUGGGUUUGGCUUUUGUCAAACUCACGAAGUUUGAGACGGAGGAAGCCAUGUAUAACUCUCAAAGAGUGCGAGCUGCUGACAUGAAAAAUGUGGCAACUGCUGCUGUGAAAGCCAGCAGAUUGUAUCGAGAGUUAAAUGCACAGACAGUCAAACAUUUGGCUAAACUCCAUGAAUAUCUUGGGGUGAUGUUAGCAGUCAACAAUGCAUUUACAGAUAGAUCAAAUGCUUUGCUGACAGUACAGACUCUUUUAUCGGAGCUAUUAUCGUUGAAUUCAAGGAUUGAGAAGCUCGAGGUUGCUUCAUCCAAAAUAUUCGGUGGAGACAGGAAAAGGAUUCUCAAAAUAGAAGAGUUGAAAGAAACUGUUAGAGUUACUGAGGAUGCAAAAAGUUGUGCAGUCAAAGAAUAUGAAAAGAUCAAGGAAAACAUUAAGAACGAGCUUGAAAGGCUAGACAAAGAAAGACACAAUGAUUUUAUGAGCAUGUUGAAAGGCUUUGUAGUUAAUCAGGCAGGAUACGCAGAGAAGAUGGCUAAUGUGUGGGAAAUGGUUGCAGAGGAAACAAGUGGAUACGCAAAAGAUGGUAGCUGAUAUCAAUAGCUGAGUUUAUUUUCACCUCCUCUCUUCUAUAUCCUUUGUACUUCUUUUUCUUUCUUUUUCUUUUUUUCUUUUCGUCGUUUCGGAAAUGGCUUUGUACUUCUUUCAUGUAAACUAGUUUUAGUCAAGAAACUUUCAUGAUAUAUUGGACUUACACAACGUGUAUAUUUUCAUUAAAAGUUUAAUGAAAAGACUUUUUUUAACCAGUA